ACCGCCCCGCUGCUGCCGGGGCCGGCUCCGCUCCGCUCCGCUCCCGAGCCUGGGGAGGCCGGUCCCCAGCCCCGGCAGGAUGAAGGGCAGAGAGAGAGCAGGCUGAGAAGGGGACGGUGUCUUUUUGGGGCCGGCACGCGGGUCAGCAUCGUCUGCUCCCCUCCACGACCCUUGAGCAAACCCCGCCAAGCCUCACAGUGAAUUUGGGACCGGAGGGGUGAGGAGCCGCUCUCAGAGGCAGAAGGAUCUUAUCCUGCCCAUCGAGAUUGGGGCAGCAUCACCCGCUCCCAUCGCCAUGGCCUCCCCGGAGGGGCUGCAGUACCGGGCGCUCUACGAGUACCAGAAGGGCCGGGAGGAGGACCUGGCGCUGAGCCCCGGGGACGUGCUGACGGUCAGCAGGGCCUCGCUGCUGGCUGCCCCCGACUACAAGGACGGGGACGAGCGCAGCCCCCAGGGCUGGCUGCACGGCCUCAACGAGCGCACCAAGGAGCGCGGAGACUUCCCCGGCACCUACGUGGAGUACCUGGGCCCUGUGCGCAUCGCUGCCACCGCCGCCAAGGCCAAGCCACGACCCUUGCCCCCGCCGCCCGCCGGGACCCCCGUGCCCACCGGCCAGCCCUGGGGGCUCCCCGGGCAGGCAGAGCACAGCGAGCAGCCGACCCUCCCCGAGCAGGCGCUGACGACCGUGGCCAGGCUCAUCGAGGCGCUGGAAAAGCAAGGUCUCGACAGCGAGGUGCUCUACACAUCGGCCCCCGGCGCACUGGGUGAUGCUGAGCUGAAGCAGGCUCUGCUGGCGGACCCCUCGGCCGUGGACAUGGACCUGUACGAUGCCCAGACGCUGGCCGAGACCCUCUGGUGGUACCUCCAGGAGCUGCCAGCCCCUCUCAUCCCCCCCACUGUCUGCACCGACUUGCUCCACAUGGCUCAAGAGACCCCGGGCCUGGAGGAGUGUGGCCAGCGAGCCCGAGCCCUGCUGGCCCCCCCGGCCCUGCCGCAGCCCCAUGUGCUGCUGCUGCAGGAUCUGGCCCAACACCUCGGCCGCCUCUGCCAGGGCUCCCGCAAGAACCGGCUGUCGGCACGGCUCCUCGGGGAGCUCUUCGGGGAGCUGCUCCUCUGCCCCGCUCCCUCCAGCACCGAGGCGAGCCCCGAGCUCUGUGCGAGGAUCCUCGAGUCCCUCAUCGUGGCCAGCGAGGCGGCGGAGGUGCCGGCAGCCCCCGCUCGAAGGGAGGCGGGCUGCCGCCCGCGGAGCCCCCGGGAGCUGCCCGCCGCGAUGUACAACACGGUGUGGGAUAUGGACCGCGAUGACACGGACUGGAGGGAAGUGAUGAUGCCCUAUUCCACCGAGCUGAUAUUUUAUAUAGAGAUGGACCCCCCAGCUCUUCCUCCAAAGCCCCCCAAACCGAUGACUCCGGUCAAUACAAAUGGAAUAAAGGACAAUUCCAGUUUCUCUCUGCAGGAAGCAGAGUGGUACUGGGGGGACAUCUCAAGGGAAGAGGUAAAUGACAAAUUACGAGACAUGCCAGACGGAACAUUCCUGGUGCGCGAUGCAUCGACCAAGAUGCAGGGAGACUACACUCUGACGUUACGGAAGGGUGGCAACAAUAAACUGAUAAAGAUCUAUCAUCGGGAUGGAAAAUACGGCUUUUCUGAUCCACUGACAUUUAAUUCAGUUGUGGAACUGAUUAACCACUACCGCAAUGAGUCUCUUGCUCAGUAUAACCCGAAGCUUGAUGUGAAGUUGAUGUAUCCAGUGUCCCGGUACCAACAGGAUCAGUUGGUGAAAGAAGAUAACAUAGACGCAGUAGGUAAAAAGCUUCAAGAAUACCAUGCUCAGUAUCAGGAAAAGAGUAAAGAGUACGACAAAUUGUACGAAGAAUACACCAGAACAUCACAGGAAAUUCAGAUGAAGAGGACCGCAAUUGAGGCGUUUAAUGAAACUAUUAAGAUAUUUGAGGAACAGUGCCACUCCCAAGAGCGAUACAGCAAAGAAUACAUUGAGCGAUUUCGCAGAGAGGGGAAUGACAAAGAAAUUGAACGGAUAAUGAUGAACUAUGAAAAAUUAAAAUCACGGCUGGGUGAGAUCCAUGACAGUAAAAUGCGUCUGGAACAGGAUUUGAAGAAGCAAGCUCUGGACAACAGGGAGACUGAUAAGAAAAUGAACAGUAUCAAGCCUGACCUAAUCCAGCUCCGCAAAAUCAGAGAUCAGUAUCUUGUAUGGCUCAAUCACAAAGGGGUGAGACAGAAGCGAAUAAACGACUGGCUGGGGAUCAAAAAUGAAAACAUUGAUGACACAUACUUUGUGAAUGAAGAAGAUGAGAACCUGCCACAUCAUGACGAGAAAACUUGGUUUGUUGGGGAUCUCAACCGCAUCCAAGCAGAAGACUUGCUCUGCGGGAAACCUGAUGGAGCAUUUUUAAUUCGAGAGAGUAGCAAGAAAGGAUGUUAUGCUUGUUCUGUGGUAGCUGAUGGAGAAGUGAAACACUGUGUGAUCUACAGCACUCCAAGAGGUUACGGGUUUGCAGAACCAUAUAACCUGUACAGCACGCUUAAGGAUUUGGUUCUUCAUUACCAGCAGACGUCCCUCGUCCAACACAACGAUUCCCUAAAUGUCAGGCUUGCCUACCCUGUCUACGCACAGAUGCCCCCCUCUCUUUGCAGAUAAAUUUUGGGGAGGAGGAAAGUGUUGGCUAUCUUGGAUUCUUUUCUACGAUUUUUAUUAGAACUUGGAGGGCAUUCUUUCUCCUUAGACUGCUUGUUUUGCACAAGAAGUGAUUCUGUGAAUGUGAAUCAAAAAGAGGCCUAGCAGCAACAAGACGACAACUUGGGUGUAGGUGUCCUGGUGCUACCUUAAAAGCUCAGCUGUGCUUUUACACUGAUACUUGUGUUUCCUUAUGAGGGGAAUAAACUCAACAAAAUGCAUACAAAAAUACUGGAAGCAAAACAUUGUUUUCUGGAGAUAAUUUUUUGCCAGGCACCUUCAGUGGAACUUCUAAUUGGAUUUUGUUUUCUCUUGUUCUAGCAGAGGCGAUUCGAAGCCUCUGCUCGAGGCAUCAGUAACGUCUUUCAGUCUUAAACUCCCGAGAAACUAGGGGGGAAACUCUACCACAGCAAUUCUUCUCUGUUAAUUUUAGCAGCUUCACUGCGAUUCAGCCGAACUUCCAAAAGAGGGCUUGUCUUGAGGUAGCGUGGAAUUUGGUGAGAGAAGACCAAAGGAAUUACAGGAAAGCUUCAGGUUUUUAUUUAAAUGGAAAAAUGCUUGUAAAGAAAAGUCGCUUUAUUUUUUUGCCAACAGUGACAAAGUUUUGGUUUCAAUGGCACUACAGGUCUUCACUUAAAGGAAACGUUUAUAACCAAAUUGAACACACCAAAACUUUGUUUGUUGCUAGAUUGAGCACUUACGGGGAAGGUUGCGUUAGCAUCCGCACAUACUUUCUACACCAAAACUUGAAACAAAUAAAAGGAAAAGCUAAAACAUUGUGUGGCUUCAAAACACUAAAUUCGUCUGAUCUGAUGUAACUGCUCACUCUCCUCUUUUCCUCCUCCCCCCCCUUCCUCCCGUUCCUCAGCUUGGGAUUCUGUUUCCAGUUUUUAAAGAUGCUUCAGAAUGUAAACUAGAACGAAGCUUGCACUCACGUGUUGCUGUUCUCUUGCUGAACAAGGACAGACUCUCAUAAUGCUUGAUUUUGAUAUAAAAGAGGUAGGUGCAAUCUAAUGCUUCUGGAUGGCUUACUGUACCAAAUUAUUUCCUGAGGAGUAGCCACUUCUGGCUGUAUAGAAGUGUGUGAGCUAAUUAUAGAUCUCCUCUGAUUUGUUCUUUGCAAGCUAGACUCUGAACUUCCACACCACUGCCGCCAAGCAAGAUUUUACACACCAGUGCAAUCUCAAUUCCCUUGUAGUUGUUUUGGACAUAGUGCAAAACGGGAAGGAAAGAGCGCUGUGCUCCUCGAUUACUGGGUGUCUGGUACCAUCCUUUGGCGAGGGCUGCUGUCAGAUACUGGAGCAGGUAGUCCUGGGCUUUGUCAAGUGUAACAAUCAUCCGAUAAAUCCCCUCCCUGGAAAGUAUACAGAGCAGCUUAUUUCCAUUCCUUAAGCUUCUGAAAUGAAAAAGAGCUAAGUUUGGCAAACUGAGCUGCUUGGCAUCAAAGCAUAACUGGCAAAUUAAUUGUUCAGUGCGCAACCUUGAAAGUUACUUUUGUUCCCAUUACUGGAAGCGGUUCCCUUGAAAUGCACCCAUUGUACAGGACAGGAAGCAGACAGUCGCGCGGAUCUGAGAAUGUUCUAGACCUGUUUCUGACCCUGUGGCUAAUUUCCUGUUUAAACGUGGGUUUUCUGUAAUGCCUGGGGAGGAAUGCCAGGCUUGUUGGUGUCUAAUGUUUACACUAGAAGUAUUAUUUAGCUGAAUGUCAUGAAUUGGCAAGCAGGGAAACGACAAGCCUGGAGCACUGAUAGCCGUUGCAAGGAGGGGAGUCCAGGUGCCUGGCGUGCCCGUGAGAUGUUUUAUUUUGCACUAAUGACCCCGACGCUUCCCAGGCACUUUCCGAUCAGCCGGAGUGCAGUCUGCUGGUGAGGAGCUCUGUAGAUGCCACUUUUCCAUGAAACGAAACACCACAAGAUUUAACCAAAGCUUGGAAAGCGAGAAGAAAGCUCGUGCGAGCUGCUGUGUCAGAGUGACCUGCAUCUGCUCGUGUGCCCCUUCUGUCCCACU